AUGGACAGUGAAAAAUAUGCAGUCAUCGAAACUCUUGAAGUUGAGGACGAGGAUCAACGGCGCACGCGAAUGGGCUCUUUACUCAGACGACUGGAUGCCUCGUCUUCUGCUGCUGGGGAGGCUGUGAAUGAUACCCCAAGAAUGGACGAUAGAACAGCGGCGACAGUUCCACCUUUAGAAUUACUAUCUCGUGUGCAAGCUUUUCUCCCUCAGCUUGCUGCAUCAAACGCCGAACUCUCUCGUCGCAUUCGAGACGAUCCGCGGAGUGUCGAUAUCGAGAACACCGCUGAAGCUGAGCAGUAUAUUGAGAUGGCAAGCAUAUUUUCACAGUUGGCGCAUCACGGACCUGCUCCUCCCGACACCCCAUAUGACGCAGAUUUACGAGAAGAGGACACAUUCUCCGAGUCGGCCUCCUCGGAUUCCUCAGGAAUAGACUCAGGUUCAGAGUCAGAUUCUGAUGUAUCCGAGUCAGAUGUAUCCGAUGAAGGCGAUACGUCUUCAGAAGAGUCUGAAAAGAUCCUAAGACCCAUAAAACCCCUCCCGAAACGCGCCCUUCGAAAACCAAAUAUCGUCGUAGUCGGUGAAGAACCUUUAGCUCGUGGCGAACCAUGA